UCCAUUGGCGGCGACUCCUCCCCCUAAGGCGGGAACACACGGGGCCCAAAAUGGCGGCCAGCCGGUACCGGCGUUUUCUUAAGCUCUGUGAGGAAUGGCCAGUGGACGAGACCAAACGGGGCCGGGACUUGGGCGCUUACCUGCGACAGCGGGUAGCACAGGCCUUUCGGGAGGGAGAGAAUACCCAGGUUGCAGAGCCUGAGGCCUGUGAUCAGAUGUACGAGAGCUUAGCGCGACUCCAUUCAAACUACUACAAACACAAGUACCCUCGCCCCAGAGACACCAGCUUCAGUGGCCUGUCGUUGGAAGAGUACAAGCUGAUCCUGUCCACAGCAUGUGCUGGACCUGCACGCCAGGAUUCAAAUCCCUGCUCCACUUCCCAGCUGUGCAAACUGAGCAAGUUACUUCACUGCCUCCUGCCUCAGUUUCCACACCUGAAAAUGAGACAGGCCUGUGUGGAGCAGGCCAAAUUUUGCGAUGGACCAUCUGGGCCUGUGGGUUGCACAGCAGACAGUGCAGGGCCAUUUCUUUGCCCUCGUAUGGAGCAGGGCAAUGAGCAGCACACCCUGCUUUGAUGCCAAGGGUGAGGAGAGGGCAAGAAACCACUGAGAGCAUGCUGGGCACACAGCCUGGCACACAGUGCUCAGUCACCGCGAGUGGUCACUUCUGUUACCCUGUUUGAUCUGCUCCUCAGAAGCUGGGUCUACACUUCCCUUUUUCAGGAACACACUGUGUGAAAAGCAAGGCAUGCUUGUGUCGGGAAAGCCCCAUGGGUCCAAUCUACGUCAUCAAGUUUUAGACU